AUGAGCACGGGGGAUUUUCUGGGCAAGGGUAUCGAACUGAUCCAAAAGGCCAUUGACUUGGAUACGGCAACGCAGUAUCAGGAUGCAUAUACCGCUUACUACAAUGGGCUGGACUAUCUGAUGCUUGCACUGAAGUAUGAAAAGAACCCGAAGUCCAAAGACCUGAUACGCGCGAAGUUCACGGAAUAUCUGAGUCGCGCGGAGCAGUUGAAGGAGCAUCUGGAUAGUGAGCAGCAGAAGGCUCAGGAUCAGCCGCGGCGUGCGGCGGCCUCACAGGACGGGGGCGCGGGUGGUGGCGGGCACGAGGAGGACGGCGAGGAGAAGAAACUGCGGGGUGCGCUGUCGGGUGCGAUCCUGACAGAAAAGCCCAAUGUCCGUUGGGAAGACAUUGCGGGGUUGGAGGGUGCGAAGGAGGCGCUGAAGGAGGCAGUGAUUCUGCCGGUGAAGUUUCCACACCUGUUCAAAGGCAACCGAAAGCCAACUUCAGGCAUCUUACUGUAUGGGCCGCCGGGCACUGGUAAGUCGUACUUGGCAAAAGCGGUGGCCACAGAAGCGAACUCUACGUUCUUUAGCAUCAGUUCCAGUGACUUGGUUUCGAAGUGGAUGGGCGAAUCUGAGCGGCUAGUGAAACAAUUGUUCAAUAUGGCUCGGGAGAACAAGCCAUCCAUCAUAUUCAUAGAUGAGGUUGAUGCCCUGACUGGCUCUCGAGGAGAAGGUGAGAGUGAGGCGAGUAGAAGGAUAAAGACUGAACUCUUGGUGCAGAUGAAUGGUGUGGGUAAUGAUUCUACGGGUGUCUUGGUUCUAGGCGCGACAAAUAUCCCAUGGCAAUUGGAUAGUGCCAUCCGGAGACGCUUUGAGAAGCGUAUAUAUAUACCUUUACCCGAUUUUGCCGCUAGGACGAGGAUGUUUGAGCUAAAUGUCGGGGAGACGCCUUGCGCCUUGACGAAGGAGGAUUAUAGGACCCUGGGAAAGUACACAGAAGGUUACUCUGGAAGCGACAUUGCGGUAGUUGUUAAGGAUGCGUUGAUGCAGCCCAUAAGAAAGAUACAAAUGGCCACUCACUUCAAAAAUGUUUCCGAUGAUCCAAGCGUCCGUAAACUAACGCCAUGUUCGCCAGGUGAUGAAGAUGCAAUUGAGAUGAGCUGGGUUGAUAUCGAAGCUGAGGAGUUGCAGGAGCCUGCCUUGACGAUUAAGGAUUUCCUGAAAGCUAUUAAGACAUCCCGGCCUACAGUGAACGAAGUAGACUUGCAGAAGCAAGAAGAAUUCACUAGAGACUUCGGUCAAGAGGGAAAUUAA